CCGUCUGCGACAACUGCCCCACCAAUGAUUGAAUUAUCCACUUGAUGGCGCAAACGGUGAGGUGGCGCAGGGAUCAGCACGGUAGCGGUUUUUGUCGCUCGCCGCCACAGCUUGGUCCACCAAAUUUCUGGCAUCAUCUCAUUAGCAACAACAACUGAUUGCAUCCCAUCAAGCCCUGAAACCACAUUUGACAUCUCAGCAAUCGAGAGAAUCAACUUGGUUGCUUCAUUCUUACCAGUGAGCUUCAUUUUGGUAGUGUGUGCUGCCAAUCGUCAUACCAAAGAUGUACAACAGGCGCGGACCUUCUAAAGGCACAUCGGCGACAGCUAAAUGCCAAAAAUGCCUGAAAAAUGGCCACUAUUCAUACGAGUGUAAAGCCAAUGUGCAGGAAAGACCGUACAUAGCUCGACCGUCUCGCACCCAGCAGCUAUCCAAUCCGAAGUUGAUCCCCAAAUUGACUGAGGCAGCUCCGCCUGAGCUACAAAAGAAAGAGGGGGUAGCUGAUCAACAACUUGCCAAGCUCGAGGCUGAACGAGCCAGGAAAAGAGAGCUGGAGCUGGAUGAUGACGGGGUGGAAACACGAGAGUCGCCUCGUAGAGGUCGUUCCGCGUCCUAUGAUUCAGUAUCAACAAUUUCAACCUCCAGAAGCAUGUCUAAAUCACCUCGACCAUCUGGCCUGGGAAGACAACCUGAGCCAAAGAGUCCUUCUCCUGUGCGUCAGCAGCGGCACAGGUCACCCGAUAACUCCGGUCGUGCGCAAGGUACGCGGCGUUCUCGCAGUCCUGUACAUUCAGGCAGAGGAAGCAGUCCCCGUCGACCUCACAGUCGAGGGACGAGGUCUCCCCCCCGCAGCUUAGGCCAUCCAGGCGGACCUGAUACAGGAAACCUGGAAUAUGAUGCCCAUUUUGCUGGCGGCGGUGCGUCGGCCAGGGCUAAAAGACGCUACUCCCCCAGCGCGAGCAGAUCUCCAUCACCAGGAGGCCAACGACGCUAUCGAUCAAGAUCUGCGAAUGAACGUCGAUUCGAUGUGCAAUCUGGCAAACAACCAGGACAACAGGGCCAAAAUUCCAGCCGCGGACAUUUUGCUCCACCAAGUGAGAAACGCGAACGAAGCCUGAGUCCAUUCUCUAAGAGAUUAGCGUUGACGAAAAGUAUGCAUGGGAGCCAUUGAGCAAUGCAAGCACGUCAUGCCAUAUUGGACAGGUCUUGGCUACUAUGACCAAUUCCCUCCUCGGAUCCUGCAGUACCGACAAUUUCUAAGAACACAGGCGUUCAUAGGUGUAUCACGCCAGAAUAUUGGUAUAUCACCAGCUUCUAUUCAUUCACACUUGGCAUUAGAAUCCCUAUUUCUAUCGCAGUGCAGCCUCGCAAUGGCCGAUGCUUCGAAACCGCUGAGGACUUCCGUCGUUCCUCCAAAUCGAAACUUGUAACCAUUGUAUGCUUUGAUUCAGCUAAGAAAGCCCCUGCUACUUUCGCCUUCGGCCAG